UGUCAGUUUGUGACACAACGUUACCAUGGAAAGUAGAAAUCUUUACCAGACGCUAAAACCGACGUUCUACACAGCUUCGUUAUUAGGGAUGAUACCUUGGAUGAGGAUUAAAAAAACUGAGUCCAAUUGUGAAAAAUUAAUUAUCUGCGAAGCAUCAAGGAUACAAUGGAUCUACGUCUUGUUAGAAAUAGUGCUGCUACUUUGUCUGCUUUAUCCAAAAUGGCUAUACGUCACUACAACGGAGAUGUUUAACUUGACAAAUAUUUCAUCAUUGUUUGAAUUUAUUAUACCUUAUAGUUUAUAUUUUGGACUUGGAACAAUCUGUACAUUGACUCUCAUCAGGGCUGAGCAUCAAGUCGCAUUGAUCGAUAAGAUUAUCAAAAUCGAUCAAAAGUUGGAUCGAAAUUUUAAACUGGACAUGAACUAUAAAAAAGUACAGAGAAUGAGCGUGCUUGCAAUAUGUCUGCCUGUGAUUGUAUACAUAAUAAUAGUAAUUCUUGAUAUAUAUUCCUUCAAAGCAAACAUUUACACGACAUUAUUAAUAGUGAUUGAAAUUAUAUAUUUAGUGGAGUUUCCAUUCUAUUAUGGAUGUCUAGUGAAAAUGGUGUGUCGAUGGGUCAAGUUCAUGACGCUUAUAUUGCAAAGAAAGAUUCGAGAGUCUCAAGAAAUUCCUCAAGGCAUAGACUUCUGUCAGAAUGAUAUAAAAGCUCUAAGGGACGUGUAUAAUAACGUGUCAGAUGUUGUGGCUGGGAUUAACAAAGAAUAUGGCAUUCAGAUAGCCCAACGUUUUAUUUUGAAUCACAUAAGUCUACCAUACUACAGCUACUUUUUUUACCUCAUGAUUAAGGAAGAGCGUGGUGUUCUGCCUAUUAUCGACACUGUUAUAUGGCUUGGGAUAUUUGCCUUACCAGUGGUUUACGUUGCCGUAAAUUGCGAAAGUGUUAACAGAGCCUCGCUGAAAAUGGCUUACGUUGUACAUAAGGCAAUCAGAGUAGUUCCAGGCACACGUACAAAGAUAGAUCUGAACAUGUUAUCUCUACAGAUAACUGAUGAUAAAUUUGAAUUUUCGGCCUUCGGUUUGUUCAUGAUAAAUAAUUCAUUCUUGACGUUUAUCAAAGGAAUGACCACUUACAUGGUAAUCCUGAUCCAAUUCGACAUUCAGGAAUCUACGAGGAACGUUACAGUACCAGAGGUCUCUUAAAGGCAGUUCAAGCUAGGAUUAACAGCGAUUCAUCAAAGGGACGAACCGCGCCAGGUGACGUCCUGAUGAUGCUUUUCAACUAUAAUCUGGCGAGAUCGUGAACAACUUUCCAGACGUUCCUGCCCAUAUCCCCCAACCACCGGUAUUCCGUGUAAAUGCGUCUCGUUUUCAAAUAGCGGCACGAACGAAAGUGUAAGAGAGAGAGUAGGGAGAGAGUCAUUGCCAGCGUGGGAGAGAGAGAGAAAGAGGAAUAGAGGGUAAGAGGUGCACCAUAGGAAUGUCAAUGAAUCCUAGUCUAUUUUAGUGUCAAGAAAAUAUACUAUGGAUAUACAUAGAAUAAAAGUCCUUAUACUAUAGAAUAAAAGAGAACAUGAUCGUAAUUUAGUUGUCAGCAUUGUAAUUACCACCGAUAAGAACGUGAUUAAAAAAAAAAGUAAACUGAUAAAAAGCACGGUUAUUUUAAACCACGGAUUCCGUGAAAAAGAUACGUUAAAUGGAUCGACAUUGUUCACGUGCUUUGAACUAAUCAGGAUGAUAAUUCAUGAGGUGUGAUAAUUUUCAUGUAUAUACUGUAUAUCUUUUCAGAAAAAAAGCAUAAGCCUUUUUUUGAACAUGAUUGAUCCUAAAUCCGUUAUCGACUCUAUCAGAUUGUUUUCUCAAUGGUUCCUGUAUAAAACUAUUUUCAAUCUUUCUCUUUCUCUCUUUCAUGUGAUUUCAGGUCGACAGGGUUUACUACCCUGAUCUAAUAAAUUGUUUUUUCUCUCUAGCUUUCUUUCUUUGUCUCUUACACUUCCCCUAGAUAUUUUUUCUCCACGGCGAAAUUAUCCCAGUGAACAAACAUCGUUUUAUCCUGGUGGAUCUAUCGACGUUCUACGUCCUACCUUUCUUCUCCAAAUACGUUUCACACAUUACCAUCUAUUCUAAGAGUUCUAUAUU